UGAAAGGUUUUCAACCAAAUUUUACUAUCUAUUUAAUGUGGAAGCAGUAAAAAUGUUUCCAAAUUAGUUCCGUAUAAUUUAUUCUGAAGCAAUUUACGUUUAUCGACUACAGAGUUGGGUUAACGAGAUCGGAUGGUAUUGUAACAGAAUGUUCAACGGACCAUAAGCCUUUGUAAGUAAAUAAAAGCUUUCUCAACGAGAGACGAUGAUGUAGUUGCUUCAUUGGAUUGUCGUAGAUAUUUAAGGGGCCACUGUUCUGCAAUUCUCCCUGUGUAACCAUCAGACUUCGGGCCAGUCGUUUUAAAUGUAAAUAGCACAAUAGCGAUUACCCCACGUCCACCCUUGCCUAUUGUAUUUUUCUGCGCCACCAACUCCCCGUGCCGUUGCUACCCCUCCGCGUACUCAUGCUGCGUCCGACAGAGCGAAAAAUAAUUGAUAACAGUUUGAUUAGAUUGUUACAUUUAAAUUCAAUGUUUUCUCUUCAAAUCUACCGGUCAUCACACACGGACAAAUACACAUAAUACACUGUAGACUGUUAGGUAUUUAAAUCGAUGUCUCAUUGAUCUACCGGGAUCGUUCUUGAUCGAUUUUUACCUUUUGGAAGUCAGCAGAAAGCUUAUUAUGAGGUUCUUCUUCAUGAAAUAUAUUCUUAAAACCUAAAUAAAGCAAAAUUCUGAGGAAUGGCACCGAAGGGAUAAUCUUUAUUAAGUAUCCAUCAAUUGGAAUUAAUGUUUUCAUUCCCGAAAUUCCAUGUGUUCAGGAAGUAAGGGUAAAUUUCAACAAGACCAAUAUUCUUUCUAAACUAAUCAGGUCUAAGUAUUUGAUACCAAUUCAUAUGAUAUCGUACCGCAUUCUGAUAGGAUUUCCUUCACCAAAAAUGCAAUUUGUAGAUGAUUUAUUUUUUAUUUCACUUUUAUCCUGUUUUUAUACUCCUUGGAUCAUCCUUGACUAAUUCGUUUAAGUGGCUUCAAUGCAUGUUCUAUUGUUUAUUUAUUAUAAUAUAAACUCUGUUUUAUAUUAAGUUAUUUGGAUUAUAUCUAGCCUUAUGAUUAUUUGGAUUUGAUAAGGAAAUGAUAAGUUGUAGGCACAUUCAAUGACUCAAUGCGCAAAAUAAAUAACGAUUGUUAAGGUGUACCUACAGAUUAUUAUUUAUCGGUAUUUAAAAGCGUAAAAGUUGUGCGGAAAUUUGUGGAAAAUGUUUUUAUUACACAUUCGUGCAUUCGCGUUUUUGUAUUUGCUGGAAAUUGGUUUUGGACAAAGUUCGUCGUCUAGCUUGUGUAGCAUUCCCAAACAAGAACAUAAGUGUCUUUGCUCGGUGGUUAUUGAUUCAGAACUUUCUUACAACGUGAUGCAUAAACUGGAUUGCUCUCGAAAUGGCUUCGAUUCGUUUCCUGAUUAUCAGUUGAUUACUGAAGCUGGACAUUUGGACUUGUCUUUUAAUAAAAUAGAAAAGUUGGAUGGUAGUGUUAGCAAUGUAGAAAAUCCUGUUCUACAUUCGUUAAUUUUAUCCUUUAACAGUAUCUACUAUGUAAGCACCGAUUAUUUUAAGAAUUUGCCCAAUUUGAAGCAUUUGGAUUUGAGUCACAAUGAUAUAGCUUCGUUCGUUAACUCUAAUGUUUUUAAUGGCCUGAGUAAACUCGAAGUUUUGGACUUAAGUUUCAACAGUAUUUCAACAUUACCCGAAUACAUUUUUUACCCCUUGUCAGGUCUCCGUAGCUUAGAUAUUAGUUAUAACUAUUUGGGUGCAUUGUUUACCAAAUUGGACAAUAUAUUUAAUUCAACAUUAGGAUUAACCAAAGAAAUAAACAAACUUUCAAUGAACGGCUUGGAUAUUAAGUAUGUACUUCAUACAUUCUUUGAUGGGGCCAACCAAUUAACAUAUCUGAGUGUAGCAGACAAUCCAUUGCUUGAAGUACCAACAAUUCCUUAUUCGGUAACAUAUUUGGAUAUAUCUGGGACCUGGGUGGCCGUUUUACAGGGGAAACACUUAAACUAUCAUUCCCUACAAAUUCUAAAAAUGAACAGAAUGCCGAACCUUAGGAAAAUAGAUCGAUACGCUUUCUACACUCUACAGUCUUUGAUUGAGUUAGAAAUGAACGAUAAUCCAAAUUUAAAGGACUUAGAAAGUGUAGCAUUUGGAAUUUUAUCAGAAAAAACCGACCUUCAUUUAAAGAAAAUGUCUGUAGCCAGGUGCGGUUUAAAAGGUGUGAAUGAAUCAUAUCAGUUUUUGUUUAACAAAUUGGAUUAUAUCGAUCUACAGGGAAAUCCCUUUACCUGCGACUGCAACAUAUUUUGGUUGCAAAAGUUCGAAGAUUCACUAAAUCAGAAACAAAAUUUAAGAUGCGUGAAACCUUUACGGCUUCGGAUGAAAAAUAUAUUGGAUCUUACUCAUGAGGACUUACCCCAAUGUGAAUCAGAGGAAAAUCAAAAGCAAAAGGUCAUAAUUAUUGUUUUGUCGGUGCUUAUUGCAGUCCUGAUCAUUUUCGUUGUGUAUUUAAUUUAUUUGGGUCCCCUUUACUAUCAAAAUAAGUACAGAGAGAUUGGACCUGACUCUCCUUAUGGCCUUGUUGUAGAUAUUCAACCAAACAGAGUCGAAUAGGAAUUUGUAUUAUUUGUUUAAUUUUUAUAUUGUAAUUUGUUACUUUUUAUUGGUGUUAAAUAUAGGUAGGUACUCCUUUUUUUGUAUAAAAGAUUAGACUCUUAUAUAUCUUUAGAAUCUGA